GCAGUCGCCACCUCGAGCCCUGCUGUGCGUCUCGGGCCAGCAAUUCCGCCUGCGCGCGGGACCCAUUCCUCCUCCAGCCGCCGCGGCCCACGGCCCACGGAGCGGGUGAAUCCCGGCGCCGCGCCCCGGACCCGCAGCUCCCUGCUCUCCUCCCUCCCAGCCGCUUUAACACCCACACCCCACAGUCUCUCCCACGCCCGUGCCUUGGCGGCCCCACUGAAUCCCUAAGCGGGGCCCAGCGGUACCGGGAGACCGGGCUAGCCUAUGGGAGCGCCCAGAUAACGCGGGUUGGGGGCGCCCGCGCCCCCCAUCCCCGCCAGCAUGACUCGAUCGCCGCCCCUCAGAGAGCUGCCCCCGAGUUACACACCCCCAGCUCGAACCGCAGCACCCCAGAUCCUAGCUGGGAGCCUGAAGGCUCCACUCUGGCUUCGUGCUUACUUCCAGGGCCUGCUCUUCUCUCUGGGAUGCGGGAUCCAGAGACACUGUGGCAAAGUGCUCUUUCUGGGACUGUUGGCCUUUGGGGCCCUGGCAUUAGGUCUCCGCAUGGCCAUUAUUGAGACAAACUUGGAACAGCUCUGGGUAGAAGUGGGCAGCCGGGUGAGCCAGGAGCUGCAUUACACCAAGGAGAAGCUGGGGGAGGAGGCUGCAUACACCUCUCAGAUGCUGCUACAGACCGCACGCCAGGAGGGAGAGAACAUCCUCACACCCGAAGCACUUGGCCUCCACCUCCAGGCAGCCCUCACUGCCAGUAAAGUCCAAGUAUCACUCUAUGGGAAGUCCUGGGAUUUGAACAAAAUCUGCUACAAGUCAGGAGUUCCCCUUAUUGAAAAUGGAAUGAUUGAGCGGAUGAUUGAGAAGCUGUUUCCAUGCGUGAUCCUCACCCCCCUCGACUGCUUCUGGGAGGGAGCCAAACUCCAAGGGGGCUCCGCCUACCUGCCCGGCCGCCCGGAUAUCCAGUGGACCAACCUGGAUCCAGAGCAGCUGCUGGAGGAGCUGGGUCCCUUUGCCUCCCUUGAGGGCUUCCGGGAGCUGCUAGACAAGGCACAGGUGGGCCAGGCCUACGUGGGGCGGCCCUGUCUGCACCCUGAUGACCUCCACUGCCCACCUAGUGCCCCCAACCAUCACAGCAGUCAGGCUCCCAAUGUGGCUCACGAGCUGAGUGGGGGCUGCCAUGGCUUCUCCCACAAAUUCAUGCACUGGCAGGAGGAAUUGCUGCUGGGAGGCAUGGCCAGAGACCCCCAAGGAGAGCUGCUGAGGGCAGAGGCCCUGCAGAGCACCUUCUUGCUGAUGAGUCCCCGCCAGCUGUAUGAGCAUUUCCGGGGUGACUAUCAGACACAUGACAUUGGCUGGAGUGAGGAGCAGGCCAGCACAGUGCUACAAGCCUGGCAGCGGCGCUUUGUGCAGCUGGCCCAGGAGGCCCUGCCUGAGAAUGCUUCCCAGCAGAUCCACGCCUUCUCCUCCACCACCCUGGAUGACAUCCUACAUUCGUUCUCUGAAGUCAGUGCUGCCCGUGUGGUGGGAGGCUAUCUGCUCAUGCUGGCCUAUGCCUGUGUGACCAUGCUGCGGUGGGACUGCGCCCAGUCCCAGGGUUCCGUGGGCCUUGCCGGGGUACUGCUGGUGGCUCUGGCGGUGGCCUCAGGCCUUGGGCUCUGUGCCCUGCUCGGCAUCACCUUCAAUGCUGCCACUACCCAGGUGCUGCCCUUCUUGGCUCUGGGAAUCGGCGUGGAUGACGUAUUCCUGCUGGCGCAUGCCUUCACAGAGGCUCUGCCUGGCACCCCUCUCCAGGAGCGCAUGGGCGAGUGUCUGCAGCGCACGGGCACCAGUGUCGUACUCACAUCCAUCAACAACAUGGCCGCCUUCCUCAUGGCUGCCCUCGUUCCCAUCCCUGCGCUGCGAGCCUUCUCCCUACAGGCGGCCAUAGUGGUUGGCUGCACCUUUGUAGCCGUGAUGCUUGUCUUCCCAGCCAUCCUCAGCCUGGACCUACGGCGGCGCCACUGCCAGCGCCUUGAUGUGCUCUGCUGCUUCUCCAGUCCCUGCUCUGCUCAGGUGAUUCAGAUCCUGCCCCAGGAGCUGGGGGACGGGACAGUACCAGUGGGCAUUGCCCACCUCACUGCCACAGUUCAAGCCUUUACCCACUGUGAAGCCAGCAGCCAGCAUGUGGUCACCAUCCUGCCUCCCCAAGCCCACCUGGUGCCCCCACCUUCUGACCCACUGGGCUCUGAGCUCUUCAGCCCUGGAGGGUCCACACGGGACCUUCUAGGCCAGGAGGAGGAGACAAGGCAGAAGGCAGCCUGCAAGUCCCUGCCCUGUGCCCGCUGGAAUCUUGCCCAUUUCGCCCGCUAUCAGUUUGCCCCCUUGCUGCUCCAGUCACAUGCCAAGGCCAUCGUGCUGGUGCUCUUUGGCGCUCUUCUGGGCCUGAGCCUCUACGGAGCCACCUUGGUGCAAGACGGCCUGGCCCUGACGGAUGUGGUGCCUCGGGGCACCAAGGAGCAUGCCUUCCUGAGCGCCCAGCUCAGGUACUUCUCCCUGUACGAGGUGGCCCUGGUGACCCAGGGUGGCUUUGACUACGCCCACUCCCAACGCGCCCUCUUUGAUCUGCACCAGCGCUUCAGUUCCCUCAAGGCGGUGCUGCCCCCACCGGCCACCCAGGCACCCCGCACCUGGCUGCACUAUUACCGCAACUGGCUACAGGGAAUCCAGGCUGCCUUUGACCAGGACUGGGCUUCUGGGCGCAUCACCCGCCACUCGUACCGCAAUGGCUCUGAGGAUGGGGCCCUGGCCUACAAGCUGCUCAUCCAGACUGGAGACGCCCAGGAGCCUCUGGAUUUCAGCCAGCUGACCACAAGGAAGCUGGUGGACAGAGAGGGACUGAUUCCACCCGAGCUCUUCUACAUGGGGCUGACCGUGUGGGUGAGCAGUGACCCCCUGGGUCUGGCAGCCUCACAGGCCAACUUCUACCCCCCACCUCCUGAAUGGCUGCACGACAAAUACGACACCACGGGGGAGAACCUUCGCAUCCCGCCAGCUCAGCCCUUGGAGUUUGCCCAGUUCCCCUUCCUGCUGCGUGGCCUCCAGAAGACUGCAGACUUUGUGGAGGCCAUCGAGGGGGCCCGGGCAGCAUGCGCAGAGGCCGGCCAGGCUGGGGUGCACGCCUACCCCAGCGGCUCCCCCUUCCUCUUCUGGGAACAGUAUCUGGGCCUGCGGCGCUGCUUCCUGCUGGCCGUCUGCAUCCUGCUGGUGUGCACUUUCCUCGUCUGUGCUCUGCUGCUCCUCAACCCCUGGACGGCUGGCCUCAUAGUGCUGGUCCUGGCGAUGAUGACGGUGGAACUCUUUGGUAUCAUGGGUUUCCUGGGCAUCAAGCUGAGCGCCAUCCCCGUGGUGAUCCUUGUGGCCUCUGUAGGCAUUGGCGUUGAGUUCACAGUCCACGUGGCUCUGGGCUUCCUGACCACCCAGGGCAGCCGGAACCUGCGGGCCGCCCAUGCCCUUGAGCACACAUUUGCCCCCGUGACCGAUGGGGCCAUCUCCACAUUGCUGGGUCUGCUCAUGCUUGCUGGUUCCCACUUUGACUUCAUUGUAAGGUACUUCUUUGCGGCGCUGACAGUGCUCACGCUCCUGGGCCUCCUCCAUGGACUCGUGCUGCUGCCUGUGCUGCUGUCCAUCCUGGGCCCGCCGCCACAGGUGAUACAGAUGUACAAGGAAAGCCCAGAGGUCCUGAGUCCACCAGCUCCACAGGGAGGCGGGCUUAGGUGGGGGGCAUCCUCCUCCCUGCCCCAGAGCUUUGCCAGAGUGACUACCUCCAUGACCGUGGCCAUCCACCCACCCCCCCUGCCUGGUGCCUACAUCCAUCCAGCCCCUGAUGAGCCCCCUUGGUCCCCUGCUGCCACUAGCUCUGGCAACCUCAGUUCCAGGGGACCAGGUCCAGCCACUGGGUGAAAGAGCAGCUGAAGCACAGAGACCAUGUGUGGGGCGUGUGGGGUGACUGGGAAGCACUGGGUCUGGUGUUAGACGCAGGAUGGACCCCUGGAGGGCCCUGCUGCUGCUGCAUCCCCUCUCCUGACCCAGCUGUCAUGGGCCUCCCUGAUAUCCAUACAGAACAGCCACCGAUUUGCACAUCCAGGCCUGUGUGAGCCUGUAUCUGUGUCACUUGAGAGUGAAAGCUGGCACUUGGGGCUGCAGUGCAGCCCUGUCCCCCUUCCCACCCCACACCACUGCCUGCCCAGCUGACCAAGCCUGAGGGACCCUCCAGCACCCUUCCGUCUGGUGACUCCUGGGCAGGCUCUCCAUAUCCCUGCCCACCUCCUACCACAUCCAUUAUUUAUAUGAAAAUGUCUAUUUUUGUAGUAUACAUACAUGUUAGCUAUGAUGAAAGUUUUAUUUUUUAAAGAAUGAAAUAUAUUCUAUGUGAACUAA